AUGGACUUAGACCAGCUUGUCUUAAAAAUAGAAAGGUGUUAUCGAUACAGAGACUAUGAGACCGCAAUAUAUUUGGCUGCAGUAUUAAGUAAUACUGAUAAGUCAUAUGAGAUGUUGUUUGGUCUUCUACUUCACUCAAACAAAGAGUAUGCCAGGUGUGCAUCAACUUUGAGCAAAAACAAAUCAAAUACAGCAUUAUAUUACACAGCAUGUUCAUUAUAUGAAUUAAAACAGUAUGAUUUAGCAUACAAAACAAUGGAAACACUAAUUAAGAAGGAUGAGGAGGAUGAGAAGACAGGCUGUUUCUUCCUAGACUCAUUCUUAAUAGAACGUGAUAUGGAAUAUUUCCAUAUGCUAAUGGGCAGAAUAAAAGUGCAAAUGGGAUCAGCAACAAGUGCAAUUGAAUACUUCAAGAAAUCUGCAGAAUAUGGAUGUUUACUUCCAGUUGUUGAGAACCUGUAUGAAAAUCAGGCAUCUGUUGUACUUACCCAAUUCAAAGAUGAUCCAAUAGCAACCUACUACACAAACAUCACCAGUUUAAGCACCCUACAAAACAACAAGAGCAUUCAAAAGGAAUUUGAGAAACGGACGCCUGGUCCUGGAACAUAUUUUCUGGCCAAAUUGGCACUGUUCAAAAUGCAGAUUGGUGAAUUUGAUGAUGGUUUAACAAUAUACAAAUUGAUCAGGAAAAAGGACCAGGCAUUUUGUAAGGGUAUGGAUGUAUUCUCAACGUAUUUCUGGAAGCAGAAGAAAGAGAAUCUGCUGGGAUUACUUUCAAAAGAACUCAUUGAAACGAAUCCAUGCGAUGAAAAGACUUGGAUUGCUGUAGCAAACUAUUAUUCGGCAAAAGGAGACAUCGAUAACUCAAUUACUUGCAUUGAAAAGUCCAUUUUAAUCAAGGAAAGUGCACUAGCAAACACAUUGCUUGGAUUCGAAUACGUUUCAAAGGGUCAAUUUGCUAAGGCAACAAUUCAUUUCAGGGUCUCACUGAAUAUGCAGGAGAAAAAUAGUCGGGCUCUCUUUGGCCUAGGAAUCGCGUAUGAAAACAUGUCCAAAUUUGACAAGGCAGAGACAUUUCUGCUUCGUGGAUUAGAAUUCAAUUCUCAUGAUGUUGCCAUGCAGACAUACGCAAUCAGGUUCUACACACAAGAAGGACACUUUGACGAGGCAUUCAAGUUGUUUAAGAAGUUCAUGGGCUACCAAAAUGAGUCAAUUGAUGUUGUGGCCAAAGCAAUCAAAGCCAACAUCUCAAAUUUCACAGAAAAUGAGGAGCUGAUGGUGCUAGAAUUCGUGAAGAUUCUUGCAACAUGGGGCAGGUUGUCUGAAGCACGAUGGCUAUUUGAACGCAUUAGGGUGAGAACAUCAGUCUAUUUCAAGACCAAAUUAUCACUGGAAACAGAAGCAUUUUUGUAG